AUGGAGGAAACCAAAACGAUUGUCUUGCCUGAUGGACGGAAUCUUGCAUAUGCCGUACUAGGAGACACGGGCGACGACAAACCUACCGUAUUUCACUUCCACGGCUUCCCAGGCUCGCACCAUGAAGCAGCAAUCUACGCGCCCGCCGCAGCGCGCCACGGCAUCCGUCUCGUGGGGAUUUCCAGGCCCGGAAGCGGCGGGAGCACGUUCCAGCAGAACCGCCGCCUCCUCGACUGGCCGGCCGACGUGCGGGCGCUGGCCGACCACCUCUGCAUCAAAAGACCCUUUGGCGUGCUGGGCAUAUCCGGCGGCGGGCCGUACGCCUGGGCGUGUUGGAGAUCCGGAAUGGAUGAGCAGGACCCGGACGCCGAGCUCCCCCGGUCCAUGUUGGCAGCUUGCGCUGUCGUCGGAGGCAUCGGACCGCCAUCGUUCGGGUUCGGGGGCAUGCCGAUGAGCUCCCGCGCCAUCUUUUGGCUUUCGCAGUGGAGUACGGCUCUGGUCGGUGCUGGCUUCGACUACAGCAUGGGGAAGGCAGCACGUGAUCAGCCGGAGCAGCUCGCGGCCAGCAUCGAUGACAUGUAUCUAAGUGGCAGCAGAGGGGAGGCCGACAAGGAGGUAUGGGGCCGGGAGGAAUUCGCAUUCUGUCGUCAAGCUCUAUUGGAAAGCCUCAAGGCGGCAAUCAAAGACGCGGGAGCGCCGGGUCCAUCCUGGGAAGCCAAAGUGCUCGGGGCCCCCUGGGGGUUCGAACUGAAUGAGCUCAAGGCCACCAGCAAAGGCCAAGUAGUGAUAUGGCACGGCGGGCAGGAUAUGAACGUUCCAAUCGAGAUGGCCCGCAAAUCGGCCGCGCUUGUGCAAGGAGCUGAGUCGAGGAUAUGGGAUAAAGAGGCGCAUGCGAGCAUGAUAGUGCGGAGUACUGACCAUGUAAUUGAGGCUCUGGCUGAGGGGUUGACCAGAGAAUCCUAA